AUGUCUCUAGAUUGUAGUUGUUCGUGGAUAAGCGACGCCAACGACGUCAUGCAGGAGCCACGGUUGAACCUCAAGCGGAGGUACCAGAAGACGCUGACAUUUUAUUUUGUUACUACUCAUAGUAUAUGUGUACCUUCCGUGAGAUGGUGUUUUUUUUACUGCACUUCCCAAAAGACUCCCAUUGUGCUGACAAAAUUCGUUUUGGGCCUCUCUUCUUCCAACUGCCUAAUCCUUCAGCCCCAGCAGCUCCUCUCAAUCUCAGAUUCUGCUGCCACCAUUAGCGAGUGUACCCACGCCGCUAAGCGUAUGGCUGCUGCCGCCGCUUCCUCUCUCUGCUUCUCGGUCAAUGGCCGGCGGACCCAUUUUCCGAUCGGCCCUUCUGCUUACGAGCUGAAGAGGCCUCGAAGAUUUAUAGCUCGCUCCGAUUUGGACUCUAGUGUUUCCGAUAUGCGCGUUAAUGCUCCAAAAGGUUUAUUUCCUCAGGAGCCCGAAAAGUAUCGAGGGCCCAAACUCAAAGUGGCGAUAAUCGGAGCUGGGCUAGCUGGCAUGUCGACUGCAGUCGAGCUAUUGGAUCAGGGACAUGAGGUUGAUAUUUAUGAAUCAAGGUCUUUCAUCGGUGGAAAAGUAGGGUCCUUUGUCGACAAAAAUGGAAACCACAUAGAGAUGGGUUUGCAUGUUUUUUUUGGCUGCUACAAUAAUCUUUUCCGAUUGAUGAAGAAGGUAGGUGCUGAUAAAAAUUUGCUUGUGAAGGAUCAUACUCACACUUUCGUCAACAGAGGGGGUGCUAUUGGCGAACUUGAUUUUCGUUUUCCAAUCGGAGCACCGCUACAUGGAAUUAACGCAUUUCUUACUACAAAUCAGCUCGAGACUUAUGAUAAAGCGAGAAAUGCUGUGGCUCUCGCACUUAGUCCAGUAGUGAGGGCACUUGUUAAUCCAGAUGGAGCAAUGCAGAAGAUACGAGAACUGGAUAAUAUAAGCUUUUCUGAGUGGUUCAUUUCCAAAGGGGGGACUCGAAAGAGUAUCCAGAGGAUGUGGGAUCCUGUUGCAUAUGCCUUGGGAUUCAUUGAUUGUGAUAAUAUUAGUGCACGCUGUAUGCUCACUAUAUUUUCACUUUUUGCUACUAAGACUGAGGCUUCCCUACUUCGCAUGCUUAAAGGUUCUCCAGACUUUUAUUUGAGUGGUCCAAUCAAACAGUAUAUUGUGGACAGAGGAGGAAGAUUCCAUUUGAGGUGGGGAUGCAGAGAAAUUCUUUACGAUAGAUCAGCCGAUGGAAAUCUAUUUGUAACUGGGCUUGCCAUGUCCAAGGCCACUCAAAAGAAAACCGUCAAAGCUGAUGCUUAUGUAGCAGCUUGUGACGUCCCUGGAAUUAAAAGAUUACUUCCACAGAGUUGGAGGGAGUCUCAGUUCUUUGACAAUAUCUAUAAGCUGGUUGGUGUACCGGUUGUCACUGUACAACUUCGGUAUAAUGGCUGGGUCACAGAGUUAAGGGACUUGGAAGCUUCUAGGCAAUUGAGGCAAGCCACAGGUCUCGACAAUUUGCUUUAUACUCCAGAUGCGGAUUUCUCUUGUUUUGCAGACCUUGCACUUACAUCCCCAGAGGAUUACUACCUUGAGGGCCAGGGCUCAUUGCUUCAAUGUGUGCUUACACCUGGGGACCCUUACAUGCCUCUAUUAAAUGAAGAAAUUAUAAAGAGAGUUUCGGAGCAGGUCCUAGUGCUCUUCCCAUCUUCCCGAGGUCUGGAAGUUACUUGGUCAUCAGUUGUCAAAAUCGGACAGUCCUUGUAUCGUGAAGGACCGGGUAAAGAUCCCUUCAGACCUGACCAGAAGACGCCAAUACAGAACUUCUUCCUUGCUGGGUCAUACACUAAACAGGAUUACAUAGACAGCAUGGAAGGAGCUACCUUGUCUGGCAGACAAGCAUCUGCUUACAUAUGCCGUGCCGGUCAAGAGCUGGCCACGUUACGCGAGUCUCUAGCUGCAGCUGAAUUGAGCUUUGUCUGA